AUGCCUCGCAUAGAGCCGGGGGAGGGCUCCUUGUCCCAACCAGCUGCAACCACCAUCAUCUUCGCUUCCGCUAUCUCUCCGCUUGCUGUGGCCCAUGCCGAAACCCCCGCUACAGAAACACAACGACUCAUCCGCCUAAAAGAAGUCAAACAACACGGCAAAACGGCCGAACGGAAAUGGGUCAUUAAAGGAAACCGAGUCUUUGACAUUACCGAUUGGAUUGCUGCUCAUCCUGGAGGACCUGUCAUCUUGCGUGCCGUCGGAGGUUCUAUUGACAAAUACUGGGAUAUUUUCUCCAUCCACAAAAAGCAAGAGGUCUAUGAUAUCCUGGAAGGGUAUUUCAUCGGUGAGAUCGAUCCCCGAGACCUCGUCGAUGGUCAUGUUGCGGCCAAUGAUAUCGAGGAUCCUUUCGUGUCGGAUCCCACUCGAGAUUCCCGUUUGCUGGAGCACACGGCAAAACCGUGCAAUGCAGAGACACCAACCAGUUGCUUGGGAUCUUUCAUCACUCCCAAUGAGACAUUCUAUGUCCGCAAUCAUUUUUGGGUUCCGGAUUCGGAUCCAAAUAGCCACAUCCUGACAGUCGAAUUACCAGAUGGGACGGAAAAAGAGUAUUCUUGCCACGACAUCGAGUCCAAAUUCGAGCCCUUCCAAAGGACUGUAACGCUGCAAUGCUCUGGCAAUCGUAGAAAACACAUGUCUGAAGGAGCAAGACCGACAUCGGGUCUUCCGUGGGAUGCGGGAGCCAUAUCCAACGCGGAAUGGACUGGUGUUCGUUUGAGGGAUGUUUUGGAAGAUGCAGGGUUCCCCAUCAACCAGCCAAAUACAGAAAAUGCCAGACAUGUCCACUUCAUUGGAGCAGAAGCAUAUGGUACUUCCAUUCCUAUCGACAAGGCCCUAGACCCCAACGGAGAUGUUAUGCUGGCGUAUAAAAUGGCUGGAAAACCUCUCCCUCGCGAUCACGGAGCUCCCUUGCGGGUGCUGGUACCUGGUUAUACGGCCGCCAGGAGUGUCAAGUGGCUAGAGAAGAUUAUUCUAGCAGAAGAGGAAAGCCAGUCCCAGUGGCAGCAGCGUGACUAUAAAUGUUUCGGCCCCAAUCAGACAGCAAAUGAUGUUGAUUGGUCUUCGGCUCCAGCAAUUCAAGAAACUCCGGUCCAGAGCGCCAUCACAUCGAUCAGAAGCAUAUCAAAUGCCAGUCGUGCAGAUCGGAAAGAGUUGACGACCUAUGGCAUGCAGGAAGAUAUCAUUAAGGUUGAAGGGUACGCGUACAGUGGCGGCGGUAGACGCGUUGUACGUGUCGACGUCAGUGCGGAUGGGGGGAAGAGUUGGCACCAAGCUACAAUUCUUCCUGAUAAUGCUCAAGGACAUAAAACUUGGUCGUGGAAACGGUGGGAGUGGAUGGUGCCCAAACGGAUGGCGGGACGAACUUUUGUGGUCAAAGCCGUUGAUGACUCCUAUAAUGUCCAGCCAGAAUCGUAUGAAGCCCAGUGGAAUUUUCGCGGUGUCUUGACUAAUGCAUGGCACAAAGUCGACUACCCGAACAAGGAUCAGCCCUGA